CCCGCCUUUUCCGUCACGGCGCUGCGGGGUGUGGCGUCACUUCCGGCCGCCGCCUGCCGGCGCGGAGCGCGGCCGCCAUGUCCACAUCGCUGGGCUCCAACACCUACAACCGCCAGAACUGGGAGGAUGCGGACUUCCCUAUCCUGUGCCAGACGUGUCUUGGAGAAAAUCCCUAUAUCCGGAUGACCAAAGAAAAAUAUGGAAAAGAAUGCAAGAUUUGUGCCAGGCCCUUCACGGUGUUCCGCUGGUGCCCCGGGGUGCGGAUGCGCUUCAAGAAGACAGAAGUGUGCCAGACCUGCAGCAAGCUGAAGAAUGUCUGUCAGACCUGCCUGCUCGACCUGGAAUAUGGUUUGCCUAUCCAAGUCCGGGAUGCAGGACUCUCCCUUAAGGAUGAAAUGCCUAAAUCUGACGUCAACAAAGAAUACUACACCCAGAACAUGGAGCGAGAGAUAGCCAAUUCUGAUGGCACUAGACCAGUUGGUGCACUAGGAAAAGCUACUUCUACCAGUGACAUGCUGCUGAAGCUGGCCCGAACCACUCCAUACUACAAACGCAACCGUCCUCACAUCUGUUCCUUCUGGGUAAAAGGAGAGUGCAAGAGAGGAGAGGAGUGUCCCUACAGACAUGAGAAACCUACAGAUCCAGAUGAUCCUCUGGCUGACCAGAACAUCAAAGAUCGUUACUAUGGAAUUAAUGAUCCUGUGGCUGACAAGCUUCUGAAACGAGCAUCAACCAUGCCCCGUCUAGAUCCUCCUGAAGACAAGACUAUUACUACACUGUAUGUUGGAGGCCUUGGAGAUACCAUCACUGAAUCAGAUCUAAGAAAUCACUUUUACCAGUUUGGGGAGAUCCGGACGAUAACGGUGGUGCAGAGGCAGCAAUGUGCUUUCAUCCAGUUUGCCACCAGGCAAGCUGCAGAGGUGGCUGCUGAGAAAUCCUUCAACAAACUCAUUGUCAACGGCCGCAGGCUCAACGUCAAAUGGGGAAGGUCCCAGGCAGCAAGAGGAAAAGAAAAGGACAAGGAAGGCACUACGGAAUCAGGAAUAAAGCUGGAGCCAGUUCCAGGACUUCCUGGAGCCCUCCCCCCUCCUCCAGCUGCAGAAGAGGAGGCUUCUGCAAAUUACUUCAAUCUACCUCCAAGUGGCCCCUCAGCCGUGGUGAACAUUGCCCUGCCACCUCCUCCUGGCAUCGCUCCACCGCCGCCUCCAGGUUUUGGACCACACAUGUUCCACGCCAUGGGGCCCCCACCUCCCUUCAUGAGAGCCCCAGGCCCCAUCCACUACCCGUCCCAGGAUCCCCAGAGGAUGGGUGCCCACGCAGGAAAGCACAGCAGCCCCUAGCACGUCCUGCCACCCUCAUCCUUCAAGUAAAUGUUAUUUUCUAGUUACCAUGGUAGCAGCAUAUGUUGAGCUGUGGGUGAGCUAGAGACGCCUUAUUUCCCUGCUUGCAGCCACAGGGCAAGCUCAGCUCCAUGUCUCCACUUAUAAUCGGGUUCUUGAUAUGUCCCAGGUCUUUCUAUUAGUGUGGGGGGUGGGUGGGGGACAGACAGAAGGGCUGUCAGGGGUCUGUGGGUCUGAAUUACAGUGCUGUCUAUGUAUCCCAUUGGCACACUUUUGAAAUAAACUUCUGGAAAAGCAAAACCAAA